CAGACCAGGACUAUAAGACCAGACAACUGGAGACCAGUAGCUCAGACCAGUGGCUCAGACCAGGACUAUCAGACCAGUUGAGGCUCCAGAAUGGACAGGUCUACUUGUUCGCUGCUUUUACUAAUUUUGGCUCUGGAGUCUGUGUGUGCCAGUAAAAGAUUCUUCAUCUCGGCUCCAAAAGUGUUCCACGUCAACGUUAAGGAGAAGGUCUUUGUUCAGACCUCCUCGGCCACCACGCUCUAUCUGGAGGAUGAGAGGUCAGGCCAGGUUGUGUCCGAUAAAAAGACCACUUCAUCUAAUGGUGGAGCCAUCCAAACCGUGGAGCUCAUGAUAGACAGGGAGAGGAUGGCCGCUCUCGUAAAGUUUAAGUCUGAUCCGUACCUUCUGCUGGUGGCCGAGACACCAGUGAGGACGAUGACCCGCGUGCUGGUGUCCAUGCACAGGGGCUACCUCUUCAUCCAGACCAACCAACCGCUGUACAAACCAUCAGAUCAAGUCCAGUACAGGAUCUUCGCACUCGACCACACCAUGCGACCCUCAGAGGAACAAAUUGAAAUAUCCGUCAUUAACCCAUCUGGGAUCCGUCUGAAGAUGGACUCAUCGCUCCGGGCUCCGUUCGGUGGUAUGUUCAGCGGUGUCCAACACCUACCUGACGUCGCUGGAUUGGGUACAUGGAAAAUUGUUGCACAUUAUGAAGGAGAUAAGAAACAUGCUGCUACUCUGGAGUUUCAGGUCCAGAAAUUUGUUUUACCAAGUUUCGAGGUGAUCAUAAACUCCAAAGAACGCUACGUUCUGUUGGAGCACGAGACGUUUACCUUCACGGUGACGGCCAAGUACUCGUACGGGGAGACGGUGGCUGGGAGCUUCCACUCCUGGUUCAGGGUGGCCGGCCUGCAGGGCUCUGAGUGCCUCAAAGUCUCCCGGAUGAUCCGGGGACUGGAGAAGACUGGCUCGAUUGAAGAUGGUGUCGGCACAGUGACUCUCAGGGCUGAAGAGCUAAAGACACAGCUACAAACCCAAGGUUGUAACGUCACCUACUUGGAGCAGGAGGGUGCAGAACUGGUGAUGAGCGUGUCGGUCACAGAACAACAGAGCAGUGAGAUGCAGGAGGCGGAGAUUUCUCUUCCAAUCGUUUCUCGACUUUAUGAAAUCGACCUAUCUCGAAUUCGAUCGUAUUUCAUUCCUGGAGCUCCAUUAGACAUUAUGGUGCUCCUGCGUCUUCCGGAUGGUUCUCCAGCCUCUGAGGUCCCGGUAGAGCUCAGUCUCCGGGGGGAAACCGUACCGCUGGUCACCAACCAAGAGGGGGCAGCGGUGCACAUCUUCAAUCUCCCAGCUUCUCCUCCUGCACAAAUCACUGUUAACGUCCGAGCCGGCACCGUGACGCAGGAGAUGGUUUUGAAGCCCAUGUCCUCGCCCAGUCAGCACUACCUGUACAUCAGCGUUCCCACCGGGAAGUUCAAAGUCAACCAACAGCUCGACGUCACGUUCAAUACCAUCAACGGUAUUCCCAAAGAUGGUUUGGUGUACUACCUGGUCUUGAGUCACGGGGCUCUGGUGCAUCAGGGCUCCGUGGUAGCGAUGUCCCGACUGGGCGGCGCCGGGAUCAGGAUCACCGCCCAGAUGGUGCCCUCCUUGCGUCUGAUUGGCUACUACUACGACCAGCAGGACGUCCUGGUGUCUGACUCCGUGUGGGUGGACGUGGUCGAUGAGUGUGAGAUGGCGGUCAAAGUCAGUCCCUCCAUGAACCCCUCCCCGCCCGGGGGGACCAUCGAGCUGGAGGUGGAGGUGAAGGGGAGGGCCAGGGUGGCUCUGCUGGUGGUGGACAAGGCCAUGUACGCUCUGGACCGACGGAACAGACUGACAGCCAAGCAGGUGUUCUCUGCCAUGGAGUCCUACGACCUGGGCUGCUCAUACCGAGGGGGGCCCGACCAGGACUCCAUCUUCACCGAGGCCGGCUUGUCUUUUGUGUCUUCAGGUUCAACACCCAAAGCAAAUGCACUUCCUCUAGGGUCCGGGUGUAAACCCCAUGCUGCACGGCGCUCCAGACGGGCCUUGGACCUCCGACAUGAGCUCCUGGAGAUGAAGGGGAACCUGAGCUCAGAGCUCCAGCAGUGCUGUGACCAGGGCUUCUCCUCCAUCCCCAUGAGACGCUCCUGUGAGGAGAGGAGGAGGAGGGUGACCGAGAUGAACGCAGAGCCUCAGUGUGCCGACAUCUUCUUUAAGUGUUGUAUUCGGGGGGAGGCUCUGAGGAAGAGCGCCGCGGAAGACAACGGAUUUGGCAGAACUGUCAGCCUACUGGAUAUUGAGGAACAUUUCAUUGGCAGCAUGGCCGAAAAGAUCCGUCGAAAUUUUGCUCCAAGUUUUGCAUUUACAUAUUUCGAUGCCACUGACCAACACAUACACACUUUAUCUCUACCGGAUUCUAUUACCACUUGGGAAAUUCAGGCAGUCACUCUAUCUCCAACUCACGGAUUCUGUGUGGUUGAGCCAAUCGAGCUGAAAACCUUUAAGAACAUCUUUGUGUCUCUGAGACUGCCCUAUUCGGUCAGGAGAUAUGAACAAAUGAGCAUUGUGGCAGUCAUCUACAACUAUGGGCCUGAUGCUGUACAGCUAGCCGUUCACAUGGAGCAGACACCCGGGCUUUGCUCCCCGGGCUCCUCCACGUUCACAGCCUUCGUGAACGUCAGCGUGGAGAGCGGGGCCUCUACGCUGGUGACCUUCACUGCCGUCCCCAUGAAGAGCGGCGCUAUACCCAUCAAAAUACGCCUUUAUGAUAUAAUCAAUGGGUGGGAACCCGACGCCAUUGAAAAGAGCCUGAACGUUUGGACAGAAGGAGAAGAAAAGACGAAGGAGAUUACUUAUAAUUAUGAUUUGAAAGGGGGGGCUUCUUUCAGCAUCGAUGGAAACCUACCCAAUGAGACGGUCCCCGGAUCCUCCUCCAAUCUAUUCAUUAAGAUGGAAGGGGCGGGGUUCGGCGAGUCCAGUGCCAGGGUCCUCCUGUCGGCCGAAGGGGUCACCGGUCUUCUGAGGCUGCCUGGCGGCUGUGCAGAGCAGACCAUGAAGCUGAUGGCCCCGACAGUCCUGGCUCUGCGCUACCUGGACCUCAGCCAGCUGUGGUUCCAGCUGCCGGCCGGCUCCAGGGACCUGGCUCUGCAGAGGACUGACGAGGGUUUGACGAGAAUUCUGACUUUCAAAAAAGCUGAUGGAUCUUAUGGAGCAUGGAUAACAACUCCAUCAAGUUAUUGGCUCACGGCUCUUGUUGUGAAAGUGCUGUCUCUGUUGGCGGAUCGCCAGAUGGCCGGAAGGGGAGGCGGCCUGCAGGGUCACAUUGGCAGGGACGUGUCCAAUCAGGACAUCAGCACUUCAGUCCGUUUCCUGAUGUCCGUUCAGAAACAGGAUGGGUCCUUCUCAGACCCACACCCUGUGUACCACAGGGAGAUGGAUGUAGGCUGGUUUCAGGAGCCCACUCACACAUGGGGGGGGAUCAGAGGCGCUGGGAAGGACAUAUCCAUGACGGCGUUCAUCGCCGUGGCGCUGCAGCACGCCAUCCCAUUCGUCGAACAGAGCAUGAAGAACGAUGUGGUGGCUAGUAUCGCCAGCUCGACGUCGUACCUCCUCUCCCACGUGGGGGAGCUGGAGAGGCCUUAUGCUGUGGCCAUCACAGCCUACUGCCUGGCCGUCUGUCUGCCUGACAUAGACGGAGCCAAACCAGCCUGGAAGCAGCUCCAAGCUCUGGCUGCAGAAGAUGACAAUGGCUGCCGGGUGUGGAUAGACGAUCCAGAAAGCUCCUCUCAGCAGGAUGCUAUCACCGUGGAAACGACGGCCUACGCCCUGCUGACAGCUGUGGCGCACCAGGACUUCCCGUGGGCCGACAGCGCCUCCUGCUGGCUGGUCGCGCAGGAGAACUACGGCGGGGGGUUCAUGUCAACGCAGGAUACCAUCGUGGCUCUGGAGGCCCUGGCAGAGUAUGACGUGAAGAAGCCCGCUAAGUCUUUCAGUACGGUGGAGGCAGAGUUCUUCGUAUCGGGAAGAUCAGACAAGGGGGAGUUGUUGUUAAAAGAGCCGACGGACAAAGUGAUAGUCGAGCUGAAGUCCAUGAUAGGAAACAAGAUCAAGGUGGAACUGAAAGGAACGGGAAACAUCAAAAUGAAAGUCAUGAAGCACUUCUAUCUGAUGGAGCCCAAGGAAAGCUGUACCUUACUGAACAUCAACGUGACGCUAGAGGGGAAGGCUCAGUACACCUCUAAGAUUCUGGACAACUACCAGUACUUCGAUGAAAACUACGAUUACGACGCAGAAAUCGACAAGCACAGAACCCGACGUAGGAGAGAAACCUACGAAAACUCUGCUAAAGAAAACUCUUUGGUGUACAAUGUCUGUUUAAGCCUGAAAAGCAAUCUCACUGGUAUGGCUAUUGCAGACAUCACCCUCCUCAGUGGCUUUGAGGCUAAUACAGAGCAUCUGGACAAACUUAAAAGUCCCCCUGAGCUCUACAUCUCACAUUAUGAGAUCUCCUCUGGAAGAGUCAUACUGUACUUCAACGAGCUCAAGGCUGAGAGCCAGUGCAUAACGUUUGAGGCUAAACAAACCGUCCCCAUCAGCCUCCUGCAGCCCGCUCAAGCCUCCUUCUACGAUUAUUAUGAACCAAUGAAGAAGUGCACUAUAUUCUACUCUGCCCCCAAGAGGGGCACAGAGGUGUCCAAACUGUGCUCUGAUGACGUGUGCCAAUGUGCAGAGAGACCCUGCCAUGAAGUGAAGAACCUCUUGAAGACCCAGAUUAAGAAGGGCAGCCGGAUACAGCACGCCUGCUACCACCCUUUGGUGGAUUACAAGUUCCUGGUGGAGGUUCUCGAUGUCUCCUUCAAGAGCAACUUUCGCCUUUACCACACAAAUGUAGUGAUGCUCCUCAAGUCAAGUAAGGACACCAGGGUAGCCGCCCACAGCAAGAGAGUGUUUGCCAACAGGCUUCAGUGCAGAGAGCAGCUUGAGGUAGACCAGCAGUACCUCAUCAUGGGCAAAGACGGCUCCACCACCGACUCACACGGAGAAAUGCAGUACCUGUUGGACUCCACCACCUGGGUGGAGUUGGUUCCUGAUGCUCAGAAGUGUGCCUCAUCGAGGAGAUACGAGCUUAGUUGUAAAUCUUUCAGUGACUUUGCUAAUAACCUGAAUGACUGUAGUUUGUAAAGGUCCACUUUGGUUCAGUAUAUUUCACAUCAGAACCAUGAUCUCUGGCCCACUCAAAUCUUAACGGAGAUAUAUAUAUACCACAAAUAUUAUACUCAUGAAAUAUGUAACUCCUGUGGUUAAUCAAUGCUUUACGUUCUACAUAUCCAAUAAUAUGUAUCAUGUAUUAAUAAAACCAUGCAUGUUCAUAUUU